AUGCCAGUAAUCUUUUUUGUAGGCUGGACCUCACAAAGUUUUAGGUAUAAGGAUCUCAUCCGCUCUAAGUAUGCCUAUGUGACAGAGUAUGACUCCCUCCCUGGUGAACACAUACUGCUGGCCGAUCGCUACACUGAGCUGCUGAUCAUUCAGAGACACAGAGAACAGAGUGAGACAGAGGAAGACAUACGCUCCAAAGGAGAAAAAUUUUCCAGUCAUAAGGAAAGUGAGAAAUACAGCAACAUCAGUUUGGAGGAGUUUUUCAGUCCAGAUGAUCAUGGAGUUGUUCCAAAAGCAGUUAUUUUACAGGGCAGCUCUGGACAUGGCAAAUCUUUAACUGCUCAGAAGAUUAUGCUGGACUGGGCAUCUGGAAAACUCUAUACCGACAAUUUUGAUUUUAUUUUUCACCUGAAGUGUAAAGAAAUUAACCAAAUUUCUGGGCAGAAGAGUCUGGUGGAACUCCUGAGAUACAGUCACAGUUUAACACCAGCACAGAUCUCACAGAUAUUACAGCACUCACCAGAGAGAGUUCUCUUUCUCAUAGACGGCUUUAAUGAACUUGAACUCUCGCAAGACAGCAUGUCCAACUGGUCUCUGCCCACUGAUGUCCAAACUCCAGCCUCACCUGAGUCCACUCUGAAAGCUCUGCUGAGUGGGCGCCUGCUGCCUGAGUCCUUCCUGCUGGUCACCACCAGGUCUACAGCUACAGACACACUGAGCAAGCUGCUCAAAAAACAACCACAGCGUUUCACUGAGAUUAUGGGCUUCUCUGAGAAGGGGGUGAAGGACUACUUUCAGAGGUUUUUUAAAGAGGAUCAGCUCUUACAGACACAGGCAUAUGAGCAUGUAAAGGCAAAUGAAACCCUCUUCACUGCCUGCUUCAUCCCUGUCAUCUGCUGGAUCAUCUGCACAGUAUUCAGGGAGAGACACAAAGAUAGUAUGGAAAUAACCAAUGUUUUGGAUACAACCACCUCUAUAUAUGUUGACUGUAUGUCCACUCUGCUGAAGUACCACUACCAGGGUUUGAGUCAGUCUGUCCCCAGCCUGCUGAGGAGUCUAGGCCAGCUAGCAAAGAGAGGGAUGCUGGAACAGCAGGUCCUGUUUGAUAAGAAGAGUGUGUCUGAAACUAUCCCAGAGCCUGACAGAAUUCCAUUCCUUUGUAAAUUUGUCUUCAGGAGGAGCCGUCAAGAGACCAUGUUCAGUUUCAUUCACCUCAGUUUUCAGGAGUUUUUCACUGCUCUUUACUAUGCUCUGCUGACUGAUAAUGAAAUGAAGAGGGAAGUCAAGAGGUUGUUUCGUAAUUUAGAGGACAUAUUCAGUUACCUCAAUUUGGAUGAUGCUGAUGAGAGGAAAAGUAAGCUCCAUCUCCUACCAGUGAUCCGGUUUCUCUUUGGCCUCGUUAACAGUGAAGUGAGUGGCCGCCUGAUGGGAACUUACAAUCUCUCUGUUUCUCCCACCAUUCAAGCUCAGCUCAAGGAAUGGAUCCUUAAAGUCAUCAAGGAAAGACAAGAGCGACUCCCUCUGAGGGGACAUGCAAACCUGUUUGUUCUCUACUGUCUUUAUGAAUUCCACGAAGAGGACUUUUUAAGGGUAGCAAUGGAUGGUUGGGAAUACAUUGAUCUCUCUGAUCUUCCACUGAGUAGGAUGGACUACUUGGUGAUACACUACUGCCUGCAGUUUUGUUCCAACAGUACAUAUGUGAAAUUCACUCAUUCUGCUACAACAGCGGAGGAGGUCAAGCUUCUUCAGCCUGAGGUCAACAGUUUUGAGAAGUUUAGGUGA